AUGACGAAACCAUUAUUGUCCGCCUAUCGUGUCUAUGCCAGCACCUGGAGCACCAUUGAAUAUCUCCCGUAUGCGAAACUCAAGAAUGAAAUUCACAUCGUUCUGGCCUUUGCCAGAGACUACGAUGGUGAAGGAAAAUACCAGAAUGGGAAAUUCUUUCCCUAUUUUGAGACAAGCAAGUUAAAUGCAGAUGAAAUCCAGAACAUCAAGGAUAGAGCCGCGUCCACUUCAAUUAAGUUCUUCCUCAGCAUCGGAGCUCCUCACUCCAAAUUCCCAUUUGCUGUCACUUCUGCUCAGGAAUGCGACUGGCGGAAAAAUGCCACCGAAAGUCUCAAGCAAAUCGUCCAGAAUUACAAGAUUGACGGCAUCGACGUGUAUUACGAACAUAUCAACCCUGAUGCCAUGCAUCAGUUUGGCAACUCAAUUGAGAAAGUCAUGUGGAGUUUGAAGAGCAAUAACAUCAUCACCGAUGCUUCCAUCACUGUAUCAGCUCCUCUCAGAAAAUACUAUUUCGACCUGUACAAGAAAAAUGAGAAACUUUUUGACUACGUGGUAUACCAAUCCCAUACUGAGCUUUCUCGCAUCUCCACCUUUCAAGAGCUUGGAGCCGUCUUCGACAAACUGCUUUAUCCCAAAAAUAAGAUCUUAGCUGGGCACAGUGACGUUGCUCCUGGAGACUGGACUAAUGUCCCGCCGCCCAUCUUCCUUGGUGCCGUUCCUCAGCUCCUUGACAAGCAGGGACUCUUUGGCAUUUCCAAGUGGAUCGUGACCGGCCUAUUAUAA